UCAGUUGGCCAACGAGCUCCGGCCCACACCGAUCGCAAACGAUCGAUCUUCCCGAGACUUUCGCCAAAGAUAAACACAGGAUGAGACCGCAUAGCCAGCUGCUGAUCCUGGCGCUACUCGGUGUCCAGGUGGCUGCCCAAACCUCCUGCGAUCCGGCCGCCUUGGGUCAGGCCACAGCCACAAAGACGGGUGAGGAUGCCACAGCCACAGCAGAUGUGGCAACUGCAGCAACUGGAGAGGAUGGGGCAGCAGGCACUGGGACUGGCGAUGGCUUUCAGGAUGGCAAGAUUCUAUCCCAGGCGCCGCCCAUUAGGGCCUUUAGCCGUGGCAACCCAACGGUGGAUGCCUUGUACAUGAUGUUCCCAGCCUUGGGCAGCCUCAUCCACUGGGGCAGCCUCUUUCCGGCGUACUCUUUCCUGGGUGCUCCAGCUCCCGGCUCGGAGGCUGCUGCCUCUAAGGUGGUACUGGUCCUGGCCGAUGAAGCUGCAGCCAAGACCCGAGUCACCCGUCAGAAUGAUCCUACAAGUCAACCGAAUCCCUUCUCGUUCCUGACCAACUUCCAGAACUUUCCCAGCAUGCCCAACGUGCCUAGCUUUGAUGCCGCUAUGGUUGGCCAAUCGUUAAUGAAUCCGCAGACUGCUUUUACGGCGCUCCAGGGUCUUCCUGGUCUCUCGGGCAUGCUGGGUGCUGCUGCUCCUGCUCCCGUUCCCGCGCCAGCUGCCGCUCCAGCCGCCGAUGCCGCCGCCGAGACUGCUCCCACACCGGCUCCAGCUGCGGCGCCAUCUGCAACUCCAGCUGCUGGCUCAGUGUUGGGUCAGGCCUGGAACAUUCCAAACUUCGAUGCCAACAACAUGCUGGGCCAGACCAUGACUCUGUUGUCCCAAAUGCCGCCAGUUCAGGCUCCGGCGAACUUAGCGCCUCCCAAUUUCGAUUUCCUGGGUCAAAUGUUCCAACAACCGGCCGCCUCUGAUAUCUCCGAGGUGCGGGUGAGGCCAGAGGUUGCCUAUGCCCCAGAGGCGCAGGUGGCUCAGCUCAAGAUCAAGACGGCGCUGGAGAAGGAGCAGCAGCAGCAGCAGCAGGGGGAUCAGGAACGAGUGCCACUCCUCUGGUUCCGUAUGCCCAGCAAUCCCACAACCACGGAGGAUCAGAAGACACUGGAGGAUCUGCGAGUGGAGGCCAAGCUGAGAGCCUUUGAGCGCCAGGUGAUUGCCGAACUGAAAAUGCUGCAGAAGAUUGAACUGAUGGCCAAGGAGAUGCGUUCCAGUGCAACGGCAACGCAAGGCAAGGAUUCGCCCUACAAGAUUAGUUAUCCCCUGAGCCGGACGCCCGUCCACAAGAUCACGCGCUCGGACAUCGAACGAGCUCUUCGCGAUGACUAUGUCCGUCGGCUGCUCCAGAAGGAGGCGCAACGCAAGUCCAGGAUUACGGAAUCACAUCGCAAUACCGGCGGCUACAAGCGUCAAGUGGAGAAGCCUAGCCAGAGUAUGUCCAAGGAGGACAUUAUCCAGAUCAUGGCCUAUGCCUACCGCAUGGCCAACGAACAGAUGGAGGACAAGAGCAAGCAGGACAAGAUCUAUGCCGCCUACAGGACAGGAACCGAGGAUGCAGCAAAGCCAAUAGAGCAGAUGCAAGAGCAGCGCCAAAUGAUUCAAGAUAUGCAGCAAAGUCAACAGCACCAGGAGAGGCAGAUGGUACCCGGAGGCGCCAUCCAGCAGAAUCCACAGAUGAUCCAGCAGAAUCCCAUGAUGAUCCAGCAGCAGCAGGAGAGGCAGAUGAUUCAGCAGCUGCAGCAGCAGGAGAGGCAGAUGAUGGCCGAUCCUCAAGCUAUCCAGCAGCACCAAAUGAUGCAAGGUCCACAGAUGAUCCAGCAGAGUCCCAUGAUGAUCCAGCAGCAGCAGGAGAGGCAGAUGAUGCCCGAUCCUCUGGCUAUCCAGCAGAUGCAGCAAAGACAAUGGGCCGAGGAGCAGGCCAAGAUCCAGCAGCGGCAGAUGCCAGGAGCCACAGAUCCACACAUGAUCCAGCAGAAUCCCACAAUGAUGCAGCAGCGGCAGAUGGCAGUGGAGGAGCCCCAAGCUAUCCAGCAGAUGCAGCGCCAAAUGAUCCACCAGAAUCCCAUGAUGCAGACAGAUCCCCAAGCCAUGCAGCAGAUGCAGCAAAGACAGUGGGCCGAGGAGCAGGCCAAGAUGAAGCAGCAGCAGCAGCAGCAGCAGCCAAGGCAAAUGAUGGCUGAUCCCACACAGAUGAUCCAACAGAAUCCCAUGAUGAUGCAGCAGCGCCAAAUGAUGGCGGAGCGGCAGCUUCAGUGGACGGAAGAUCCAUCCAGAAUCCAGCAGAUUCAGCAGAUGCAGCAGCAAAAGACCGAGGAACAGCAGGGACAAAUGAUGCCAGCUGAACGCCAGUGGGCCGAUGAGAAGACCAAGGCCAUGCAGCAAUUAACUCAGCCAGAGGAGCAGGAGAACGAGAAAUCCGAUGAACUUAUCCUGGGCGAGGCUGUUCCCCAGAUGCCGGAAAACGAGGGCACUGCCCGCCACAAAGUGGAUGCCCUGGGAUUGGGUGGCAAUCAGCGCAAGAAGUCCAAGUCUAAGUCUGGCACACCCACAGUGGUCAAUCUGUACUACUCCGCACCCGUGCAGCAGCAGCGUCCCAGCUAUGGACCCAGCUAUGGACCUAGUUAUGCACCACCCAGCUAUGCCCCACGCCCCAGCUAUGCCCCACGUCCCAGCUAUGCCCCACCAAGCUAUGGGACUAGCUAUGGAGGCGGUGGCUAUGGAUCGAAUGCCUAUGGAGCCAGUGGCUCCGCCUACCAGCAGAGACCAGUUGCCUCUGGCUAUCGGGCAGCUGUGGGCAAUGAUGAAGUUGAUGAGAUGUUGCGCCGCCACCAGACACUGGCCAGGACAAUAAACCUGCAACCAGACCAGGUCGACAGGAGUGGAUCCACAGAUGCUCCCUCCAUGACGACAACCACACCGGCGCCAGCGUUAGCACCAACGCAUCGAGUCCACAAAAGUCCAUCAUCAGCACCAUCCGAUAUCGAAACCAUAGCACCACCAUCUGACCCCCAAGUGGGCUCCCUUUUCACCUACGGCGAGGGAUUGCUGCAUCCGUUUAUGGGUCUGCUGCCGGUGGAGAGACCCGAUGAUCCCUGGAACAACAAGCCCUAUGAUCCACAUUAUCCUUUGUACACUGGUGGUGGCAGCUAUGCCGCAUAUUUGCGGGACGGUCGCUAUCGCCGGGAUACACAUAUUAUGGGCAGCAAGCCGGGCCAGGGACCCGGAAUCCUAACACCAGGCAUGCUGGAGCGGCUGCUCCGCAUCAAGAUCGAUUUCCAGCGACGAUUUCCUCAUCUCUACAAGGGCAUGUUGAAUCACCAACAGAAUCAGACCCGGGUGGAGGUUGAGCCACCGGUUCUGGGCAAGAUUUCAAGCGACAAUAAAAAGCCAAAGGAGAAGUCCAAAAAGGAGCACUUGGAGGAGGAGGAAGCACCUGUCUACGAGCUGGGUGCUGCCGAGCGAAGCCUCUUCGAGGACGAGAUGGAGAAGGAUUCCCUCCUCAAGGAGUCUGAAGAGCAGGCGGAAGCAAAAACAGAGGCGGUGACCAAGGAAAGCAGCGAACCCAAGGAUAACAUCAGCAGCGAAACUGGGCGAGAGGAUAACAACAUCGACUACUUUGAGUUCGAUGACGAUGAUGAUGUUGAUGACGAGACUUUUAUUUGAAAUGUCAA